AUGGACUCUAUCCAAGCAAUCCAAGCAGAGAAGAAGAAGGUCGCCAUUAUCAUGGGCAGUUCCAGGUCGAACCGACUCUGUGUAUCCAUCACCAAAUGGUUCGUUGAGGCAUCCAAGUUGAAGGAUCACUACGCCGAUCUCGAGAUAAUCGACUUGGUCGAAUGGUCACUACCAUUAUAUGAUGAAGCCGUGUCACCUAUGGCAUUGAAUGGCAAUUAUACAACAGAGAUUGGAAGGAAGUGGCAGGCAAAGAUUGGAUCGAUCGAUGCAUUUGUGAUGAUAUCACCAGAGUAUAAUCAAGGCUACACAUCAAUAUUUAAGAAUGCCAUUGAUUACUUGAUCCAUGAAUGGCAGGGCAAGCCAUUGAUUGUAGUGAGCUAUGGAUAUGGUGGUGGACUUGGCGUCAACAAACAGAUCUCGGACAUCCUGUCAGGUGUCAGUCCAAUCCAGAUGCGACUGACCGAAACACGUCCCAAGCUACAUAUCUCUCGGCCAAUGUUUGAUGAGAGUGGACAGAUCAAAGACUUUAGUCCAUUCGACAAGCACCUCGAGGACAUCCGAGCGUCCGUCACAGAGUUCAUCAUACUCAACAACACUCCAUUCAAGUUUGUGCCCAAGUGGUACUAA